UAUGGUCUCAAUCUCUAGUUUCAAGUCUUCUUCAAUACAGCAUGAUUUUUUUUUAACCCUUUAUAUUGAUUCUAUUCACUAGACAGCAACAACAAAUGAACACCGAGCACGAAGUCUUUCUGGACAGAUUGGUGACGUGAAGUCUUUAUUCUCUCUCAGUGUCACUUUUCUAUAUCGGGGAAAGUUCUAUCUUUCUCUACAAACUCUUGAUUUAGAGGAGGCUGCUGGGUAAUGUUACAUCUGACGGGUUUAACUGCAGUGACGCAUCUCAUCAGGACGGAGAGGGAAUGAGGGGGGGGAGGUCUGUUCGGUCAAAUUGAAACUCCGGCCUCUGUUUGGUUCCGUCUCUCUUUGAUAGAAUCCAUGUCUUCAUUCUCUUUUAUUCCCAUUUUCAGACUAAUGAAUAACUGCAGAUGCACGUGUCAGCUCUUCAUACGUCUCACUCUAACGAGCUUCACAGUCUGAGUUCCAGCCUCAGGGCCAUAAUUCAGUCUGAUGUGAAAUCUUUAGAUGGAAUAUCAUCUGAAGAUUCUUAAUUAAAUGAGGAAAUACUCAGCACUUGUCAAGUUUCAUAUAUUUAUUUAGAAAGCGUGCUGUGUUGUGAUAUUUAUGGUUAUGGUCUGAAGAACCUGGUCUGAAGAACCUGGUCAUUGUUAACACGUGUUUCUCUUUUAGGAAAAAUCUUCAUGGGCAACAAGAGAGAGAUAGCAGAGAGCAGGAUCCCCGAGCUCAACACGUACAUGAAGAGGCUGCUGGGUCUGCCUACAUGGCUGUUGCUCGAUGAGGCUCUCCGGAUGUUCUUCUACCAGACGGAUCAGGACAGCCAGCAUCUACCACGCGCCCUCCGCCGUCUCCGCCCGCCGACCCGCAAAGUGAAGACGGUCAAACCAAAGAUGGACCGCUUCUCGUCCCCCCGGGCCGAGGCGAUCUUUGACUUUCGCGGCAACGGAAAAGCGGAGUUGAACCUGAAGAAGGGAGAGGUGAUCUUCCUGCUGCAACGAGUCAACACAGACUGGCUGGAGGGCACGGUCAACAAUCAAACAGGUAUUUUCCCACAAUCCUUUGUGAAGAUCAUCAAGCCCCUCCCAGAGAGUGACUCAGAAGGUGAGGGUGGAGGCCCCUCCUACAGCUGUCUGCGCUGCUUCCUGCUCACCCCCUCUGGAGUCCACACCAGAGAUGUGUGUGUUCAAGAGGACCUCACUAUCCAGCCGACGUACAAGGACCUUCUGUCUCGCAUGAGGAACGUCUUCAAGGUGGACGACAUCGCCGUGAACUACCGCGACCCCGAGGGCGACCUCGUCCGCAUCCUGGACGACGAGGACGUCCAGCUGAUGAUCAGAGAGAGCCGAGGUCAGCGGGGAACGGUCCAGAGACCUGUCAAUCAGUUUCCAUGGGAACUGUACGUGACCUCGGCCUCCAACCUCUCCGUGUACAACGCCGGGGCCUGAGAAAGCGGAGGUCAACGGGAGAACUCACCAUGUUUAGAAUUCUCGUCUCAGAACUUGAACCAAGUCAAUACUGUUAGCUGGUGUCUUCUGUGCGGUCAACUCACUUCACUUUGAGAAGAGGUUAAUAAACUCAUUGAAUACAAGUUUUACAUUUUGCACGCUUUAUUUUUGUCUUGUUGGAAUCGGAACAAAGAAUCCUUUGAGCUAAAGAUCAACUCUCAGAGAGACGGAAGGAUUGAAUAGAGAGAAACAUGAACGGUAGUAAACGGAGAAAGAUAAAAUAAUGUCCUGAUCACGUUUUAAUUUAGACACGAAUCCAAAUGUUUGUUCAUUUAAAAGAUCCUUUUGUUUCAUUUAGUGUGAAACCGCUCAGCAAACUACAUCCAUCUCAAACAACAGCACUGCCGUUAGCUUGGCUUGCUAGCUAGCUAGCUAGCUCAGCUUUGUUUCAGAUGUGACGUCAUCGCGUGAGACUCGGUGUGACAGCGUCCUGCUGCAGAGCACACGGGCGUCGUAGCAUCUCUUUCUGUUUUAAAUCUAAACCGACAUCUUUAAACAUAAUUGGUCAAAGUGCUUCUCUCCAGAGAACUCUGUUCACCUUUCAAGACUCCAACAAACGGAAACAAACAUUUACAUUUGAGCCGCCUUGAUCUGAUGCUCCAGAGGAAUCUAUGUCAGACGCUCUGGAGCUAAAAACAUAGCUGUUGUUUGCACCGAUCAAUUUAGAGAUUUUCCAAUAUUAAUCUUCCAUAACUCGUCUUCUUUCAGACUAGAGGAGAUAAAACGUUUCUUUCACUACUUUGUCUGUUU